UUGUCGUACUACUGAUUACUGAACAGUAAGACAGGAAAACAAAAGGAUAGAUAUCUUCCAAAAUCAUAAUAGCGAAGGGGUAGACGCAGAGGAACACAUCUUCAAUUUCAUCACUGAUCGGAGCACCGAUAUAGCUUUUGGGUCGGGUGAGAAACAAAACAACAAAAAACAAAGAGCUCAGAAUCAGAAGAAGAAUCAAUGGCGGACGUAGCAGACAAACUGGCAUACUUCCAAGCCAUAACUGGCCUCCAAGAUCCCGACCUCUGCACUGAAAUCCUCGCCGCACACGGCUGGGACCUUGAACUGGCCAUCUCCUCCUUCACCUCUUCCUCUAACAUCGCCAACCAAUCACCACCUGCCUCACCUUCAUUAUCAGCAGUACCAUCCCUUCACCGCCAAAACGACGCCGCUUCAUCCCAAUUAUCUGAUUCCGAGCCCCCGCCCCCGUUCCCUCUUCCUCCUCUUCCUGGAUUGGCAUGGAAGCUCAUCAAAUUGCCCGUCUCCGUGAUCUCCGGAAGUCUAGGGUUAAUAUCCGGCGCAAUUGGCUUUGGCCUCUGGGCCGCCGGUGGUGUCCUCUCCUACUCCCUUGGAUUCAUCGGAAUCGGCGGCGGAGGUGAAUCCUCUCCUUCGCCUUCGACGCCGCUGGUCUCGGUGUCGGUGGCGGCCGUGGAGGCGAUGGAUUUUGUCGCGGAGUUCGAGAGGGAGUACGGCGGGCCCAAUAGCAGGCCCAAUUUCGUCGGGGAAGGGUUCAUGGACGCGCUGCAGAGGUCGAGGAAUGAGUUCAAGCUGCUGUUCGUUUACUUGCAUUCUCCGGAUCACCCCGAUACGCCGUCGUUUUGCCAGAGGACGCUGUGUUCAGAGGCGCUCUCAGCUUUCGUCAACGAGAAUUUCGUGGCGUGGGGAGGGUGCAUCCGCUCCAGCGAAGGGUUCAAGAUGAGUAACAGCUUGAAGGCAUCUAGGUUUCCGUUCUGUGCUGUGGUUAUGGCUGCCACCAAUCAGAGGAUCGCCCUUCUUCAACAGAUUGAAGGUCCCAAAUCCCCUGAGGAGAUGCUUGCGAUACUACAGAGAGUGCUUGAAGAAAGUUCUCCGGUUCUUGUUGCAGCCAGGCUUGAGGCAGAAGAAAGACGAAACAACAUGCGCUUAAGAGAGGAGCAAGAUGCUGCAUACAGGGCUGCACUUGAAGCUGAUCAAGCUAGGGAACGGCAAAGGAGAGAAGAAGAGGAGCGCCUUGCAAGGGAAGCUGCUGAAGCCGAGAGGAAGCACAAGGAGGAAGAGGAAGCUCAAGAAAGAGCAGAACGAGAAGCUGCAGAGAGACAGGCUGCAUUGGCUAAACUAAGACAAGAGAAAGCUCAAUCUCUUGGUGAAGAACCUGAAAAGGGGCCUGAUGUUACACAGGUUUUGGUACGGUUUCCAAAUGGCGAACGCAAGGGAAGGAGGUUCAAGAGCACAGCGACAAUUCAAACUUUGUAUGACUACGUUGAUUCAUUGGAUUGUUUAGAAGCAGAGAGUUACAGCCUUGUCUCGAAUUUCCCUCGGGUUGUUUAUGGACAAGACAAGCUCACACUUUCAUUGGAGGAAGCAGGAUUACAUCCUCAGGCCAGUCUCUUUGUGGAGAUCAAUUCAUGAAAAAGUAAAACCUGCUAAAUUAUCUGUUGAAUACUUUGAAGAUGGAGGGGUACAAAUAGGGAACUUUGUGAGAUUUUCUUUUUCUUUUCCUUUUUAUUUUUAACCUUUUAAUUUCAAAAUGUUUGAAUUGAUGAACAAUUAUCAUAGAACAUUAGAUAUAAUAGAUUGCUGUGGUCUCUGUAGUUUUGAUUCUCUUGCUUAACCAUUGAAUCAAGUAAAGAGCAUCUUACAUA